UUGUAGCUACAGCUUGGAAUUUUUCGAAGAAGAGCUUUGUUUCGAUAAGCUGUCCAGGACGUCCACUGUCAACCACAGACUAGCAGAGGAGCCUUGCUUGACAAGAUGAAGUAUUCUGCCGCUAUUCUGGCCCUGAUGGCCGAGGCCGUCCUUGCCGCCCCUCAAGCCACCUCAGGCGCCACGGCCUCCAGCUCCACCAGCACUGCCACCAACACCACCGCAAUGGCAUCCUCAUACGCUGGCGCUUCGACCUCCGACGUCUACCCGCCAUCCGGCACUGUCGCCAAUGGCACCCUAUUCCCAUCGGAAUCUGUGGUUGGCUUCCCCGGCCCUACUCAGACUGGCGUGGAGCCUGCUGCCGCUCAGACAGCUCCUCUCUACCCAUACAACACCGGAGCCGCCAAGUCAUUCCCGCUGGUCGCUGCCCAGCCCCAUGGCUCGAACUCGACCUCCAACAUCGACAUCACCAAGUACUGGGGUAACUUGUCCCCAUGGUACUCCGUCAACUCCUCCGACUAUGGCCUGCCCAAUGCUAGCCCAUUGAUUCCCAAGGGCUGCUCCGUCGAGCAGGUCCAUCUUCUGUACCGUCAUGGUGCCCGUUACCCUACCAGUGGCGCUGCCCCUGCAACCUUCGCCAGCAAGAUUGUCAACGCCACCAAGGGAACCGGCUUCAACGUUUCCGGCGACUUGGCUUUCUUGGCCAACUGGGAGUACAAACUCGGUGCGGAGCUGCUGACUCCCUUCGGACGUGCCCAGAACUUCCUUCUUGGUGUUGAGUACCGUCAAUUGUAUGGUGAAUUGCUCAACAACUUCACCGCCCAAAAGGCCAUCCCAGUUUUCCGUACCGAAUCCCAAGAUCGUAUGGUCAAGACUGCUGAGAACUUUGCUGCCGGUUUCUUCGGUGUUCCCGAGUACCUGCAGGAGGUCAACAUUGAGAUCCUGGUUGAGGCCACUGGCGUCAACAACUCCGGUGCUCCCUACGAGGUCUGCAACAACUCCAACAUUGCCAGCCGUGGCAGCAUUGGCAGCACCGCUGCUACCAAGUUCGCCACCAAUGCCUUCAACUCCACUAUUUCCCGUUUGAACUCCAUGGUCUCCGGUAACCUCACCCUCACCCCAACCGAUGCCAUUGCUAUGUUGCAGCUCUGCUCGUACGAGACCGACGCUCUUGGCUACUCGGCCUUCUGCGGACUGUUCACCGCAGAGGACUUUGCCAACUACGAGUACUACUACGACAUCUCCUUCUACUACAACAACGGCCCCGGUUCUCCUGUCUCCGCCGCUCAAGGCAAGGGCUACCUCCAGGAAUUCGUCGCUCGAUUCACUCAGUCUUACCCCAACGCCUCGUCUGCCCUCAACGAGACCUUCGAUAACUCCUCGACCUACUUCCCUCUCAACCAGUCCUUCUACGCCGAUGCUACCCACGAGGUCGUCGUCCUUGACACCCUCACCGCCUUCAACUUGACUGCGCUGUUCAAUGGCCCUGCCUUGAGCACCAGCAACCGCAACUCCAGCAACAACACCUUCGUGGCCAGCAAGAUCGUGCCAUUCGCCACUCAUUUCACUGCUCAAGUCCUCGAGUGCCCGGCCCGAAAUGUCUCCAAGCAGAUUCGAUUUAUUGUCAACGAUGCUGUUGUCCCAGUCUCGAGCUCUCACCCUGGCUGCCCCGUUGACCCUGAUGGACUUUGCCCUUUCAACACCAUGGUCAGUGUGCUCCAGCAGCGUAUUGCUCAAAUCGACUUCAACUACGACUGCUUCGCCAACUACACUGCCACCGCCGGUGUCAACUACAAUGGUCGUGCUCCCCAUUGAUCAACGCGAUGAUGUCAAUAAAAGCAGGGCCCUAAGGCGGCCGGAAGUAGCUAAAGCUAAUAUCUAAUGCACGUAAUGCAAAUACACAUAAUGCAAAA